ACCGACCAGCGAUUUGCCAGAUGCAUGAAUCAGGGUCAAACAGGUGGCUGGCAGUCUGCCCCUCUUGAACAGAAAAAGCUUGCCAACAGCAGAUCGACUGCCGUCCACGUGCGUCUCUCUCUCUCUCUCUCUCUCUCUCAUGUCACGCAUCUCUCUCUGCGUCUUCGCUUCAUUCACAAACUGCAUCGCAGCCACCCUGGCAUGACACCACACCCGCUAGGCUGCCUUUUCUACAGUGCUAUCGCCUCCCGGCGGCAUCCAUAUGGGCUCGUCCCAGUCGUUGCGGCCAAAUGGGUCGUCGGGGUAGAUGCCUUGCAGGUGGGGCGGCAGCUCUGAUGCCGCCCAGGGCGGGAUCUCGUAGCCCAUCCCGUCUGCAGAGCGGCAGUUGGCGGCGAAGUGACGGUCGGGGGUGUCGCGGUACUUGAAAUUCUCAUACUCCUCACUCACCGUCAGCCUGCAUACGCCACCCAUCCACCCAAUCCACACAUGGCCGCAUGUACAUAUGUAUGCCGCUUCACAUCUCUCUCUGGAUCGUUGUCUGUGGUCUGUCUGUUCCUCACCAUGGCCCGACUGGGUCAGGUCCGCACCCGAGGCCCCUCUUCUUGAUCCAGUCCUCGUAGUCCCACGCCCCGUCGUCCCAGUUCCACGACUCAUCGGCGAUGCCAACACCCACAUACACAUUGCCCGCAGGGCCCAGCACCAGAUCCUCUGGCCCGGCUCCCUCUUCCUCAGCCUCGCGGUAGCUCAUCAGCCUGACACCAACACCCAAGCACACGCACGUCCAUGCGCGCGGCGGUCAGUCGCCCCUUGGCCUUUCUACCGCCUGACCCUCACCUCACCUGGCGAAGUUGUGUGAGUACUUGAUGUACUCUUUGGAGUGUCUCAUGAAGGGCCCCGCCACAACCUGCCCGUGCUCGGAGACCAUCCACAUGCGCAGAGGAUAUGGCAGGUGCCAGCCGGGCGGCGACACGAGGUGCAGGGCGGCGUAGCCAGGCAGCGAGUGGGGCAGGCCCUCCGGCCAGAACCACAGCUGCAGCGGCUCGAUGCCCCCCAUAUUGAAGGCAAUCGACUUGAGGGGCUGACCGGUCCGACGCGGCCGUUUUUUCCGCUCCCAAGGCACCCUGAUGCAACCACAGAAACAUCCGCGAGACGCAUUCACAGGGCGAGGCGCUGUGUGUGUGUGUGUGUGUGUUGUGUCUGUGAGUGUGUAGGACCGACCAGUUGAUUUUCCAUCCGAAGUUCAUGCCAACAGGUUGUGUGGCUGGGUGGUGGUUGGCGGACCCGAUGAACUGGAUGUCAAAGUAGUUGUCAUCGUUGUAGCUGUGCUGCAGGAACUGGGUCUCAAUCGGAGUCCUGACGAUGCAUCAUGCAGCCAUCCAUGGGCGACUUUGGUGUCUUGUGUCCCUGCCUGCGUGCUCCUGCCUUCUCACCUCUUGUAUAUGUUUUGGUCGUAGUAGUGGGGGUACUGCCUCUCCCAAUCGACGUCAUGAACCAGCUCCUGCACCACACAACCACACAACCACACAACCACACAGCCACACACACACACACAGAGUCGCACACAUGCUUCACACCGCUUCCCUCUGUCUGUCCGUGGCUUACGCUCCAGGCGUCGUUGCGGUAGGUCCAGUUGCCGCGAGGGAUGUCGUUCUCCUUAUCAUCGAUCUUCCAUCGCUUCAUCUGACGGAUACCUAUCAAGACACACACACACACACACACACACACACAAUUUCGCAGACCAAAGACAGCUGAUGUCGUGCUGUGGUUACCUCUGUCAUUGCGUCGGUGCCACUCCCGCCUCCUGCCCGUCCUCAUGGCAGGGUUGGUGGGAUUGAGCGUCGACGGCUCUCGGCGCUUGCGGUCGAGGUGCCGCAGCUCAUUGCCAUGUGCCGACAUAGACAAGCCGGCCUUGCUCCUCCUCAAUGCUGACAAGCCGCGUCGUCCACCACGCUGCCGCAGUGAUGAUGAGAUGGAUAAAGGGUGAUGGAACGCCGCCUGAUCAAUGGGUUGCAGCCUUCUCAAAAGCAGCGAGGCAUCUGUGAGGGGCAGAAUGGCGACGAGAAGGCCUUGCAGAAUGGCACGGACAUCCAUCAUCGCCUGACAGAUGAGGCCAUCGCUGGAGGACGGGAUCAGCGCCUGACGAGGGCCUCUGACGCAGAUCUGGCAACUAUGAUCAUGAGGAGAUGAGUCAGAUGACUACGCGCGUUC